AUGGCGGCUAAAGCUUUAUUUCCCAAAGAGGAGCUCUGCUGUUCUGUAUGUUUCGAAAUUUUCAAGGACCCUGUCCUCCUGAAAUGCAGCCACAGCUUCUGUAGAGUCUGUCUGCAGCAGUGCUGGGAAGAGAAGAGAUCUCGGGAGUGUCCCAUCUGCAGGAGGAAGUCCUCUAUGGAGGAACCCCCUGUUAACCUGGCUCUGAAAAACAUUGUUGAGUUCUACUUGCAGCAGAAGACAGGGAGUGAAGCUGCAGAGAAGAGUGAAGCUCGCUGCAGUCUCCAUGAAGAGAAGCUUCUGCUCUUCUGUGUGGAGGACCAGGAGGCUGUCUGCCUCGUUUGUCAGACUUCAAAGAAACACAGAAACCAUCAGCUCCAUCCAGUGGAAGAGGCUGCACUGGAUCUGAAGGAAAAUCUCAAGACUGCACUCAAGCCUAUUAAAGAAAAACUGGAGAGAUUCAGUAAAGUUAACCAAGAGUGUGAGAGAACAGGAGAACACAUCAGGAGUCAGGCCCAGCACACAGAGAGGCAGAUAAAGGCAGAGUUUGAGAAGCUCCACCAGUUCCUGCGAGAUGAAGAGGAGGCCAGACUAGUGGCACUGAGGGAGGAAGAGGAGCAGAAGAGUCAGAUGAUGAAGGAGAAGAUAGAGAACAUCACAAAACAUGUCUCCACCCUUUCAGAGAAAAUUAAAGCUAUAGAGAAGACCAUGGACUCUGAUGACAUCUCCUUCUUGAAGACCUACACGAAUAAUAAAGAAAGAGCCCAGUGCACACUGCAGGAUCCAGAGCUGCUUUCAGGGACGCUGAUAGAUGUGGCCAAACACCUGGGAAAUCUGAAGUUCAGAGUCUGGGAGAAGAUGCUGGGGAUGGUACAGUACACUCCUGUGACUCUGGACCCCAACACAGCAGCCCCCUGGCUCUGUCUGUCUGAUGAUCUGACCAGAGUGAGAAACACUGGAGUUAAACAGCAGCUUCCUGACAACCCAGAGAGGUUUGAUACCUGUGUGUGUGUGUUUGGCUCUGAGGGGUUCAACUCAGGAAAACACAGCUGGGAGGUGGAGGUUGGGAACAAACGUGAGUGGGAUAUAGGAGUGGCUAAAGGGUCCAUCAACAAGAAAACACUAAAUACAUAUAGCCCAGCGAAAGGAUUCUGGGUUGUAGUGCUGAGAAAUAGUGAUGAGUAUGAAGCCUGCACCUCCUUAUCAACAUCAGAACGACUCAAACUGAAGAGGAAACCCCAGAGGAUCAGAGUGCAGCUGGACUAUGACAGGGGGGAGGUGUCCUUCUACAACCCCAGUGACAUGUCACACAUCUACACCUUUAAAGACAAGUUUACCGAGAGACUCUUCCCAUAUUUCUCUCCCUGUGUAAAUAAAGAUGGCAGUAACCCUGGAGCCCUGAAGAUCUGCCCAGUGAAGGUGUCUGUAACAGUGAUGUUGCCAUCUCAAUGA